CACCGUGUGACAGUACGUUUUAGGGACGCAAGUUAUUAUCGUACUUCUGUUAGAAUGACAGCUAAUGCAAAGUUUGAAUAUUCCAACGAUCACUUAAAUUUGAAAGGGAAUGCAACGACGCCCACAUCGCGAUUUGCGCGUUGUAGUUUACAGACGACCUACCGUCGUUAACUCAAACCGGAGGAUUGAUCUGAGUACACUACAGUUCCCAGAAGGCAGUCGGCCACAAUAACCUACGUCAUCGAACACGUGACCAUUAAGCGGAGCCGAGCAAAAUCCCAAACAAGGAAAUGGUGGGGCAAUAAAACGAUCGGAUCAUUUAAUUAAUGCAUGUAAUAAUUUAUAUUUUAUAUUAUUGUAAAUUAAGAAAUAUUUAUGGGUUAAAAUGGACCACGACUUCAAAACGAAGCUCGCCGCCGAGAGGGAGAGAGUGGAAGAUCUGUUUGAAUAUGAAGGUUGUAAAGUGGGUCGCGGCACGUACGGGCAUGUUUAUAAAGCGAAGCGUAAAGACGGGAAGGAUGAGAAGGAGUAUGCACUCAAACAGAUAGAAGGCACUGGUAUUUCCAUGUCUGCCUGCAGGGAAAUUGCUUUGCUGAGAGAGUUAAAGCAUCCAAAUGUCAUCGCCCUGCAGAAAGUAUUUCUCUCUCACAGUGACCGCAAAGUCUGGCUCCUGUUUGACUACGCUGAGCAUGACCUGUGGCACAUCAUAAAAUUUCAUCGAGCAUCAAAGGCCAACAAGAAACCCAUGCAGCUACCGAGGGGGAUGGUGAAGUCUCUGCUUUAUCAAAUCUUAGACGGCAUCCAUUACCUGCAUGCCAACUGGGUCCUGCACAGAGAUCUGAAACCUGCCAAUAUCCUGGUCAUGGGGGAAGGCCCAGAGCGAGGAAGAGUCAAAAUUGCUGAUAUGGGUUUUGCCCGACUCUUUAACUCUCCACUGAAGCCGUUGGCCGAUCUGGACCCAGUGGUCGUCACAUUCUGGUACCGAGCCCCCGAACUACUGCUCGGGGCGAGACACUACACCAAAGCAAUCGAUAUUUGGGCAAUAGGCUGUAUCUUUGCGGAGCUGUUGACGUCAGAACCAAUCUUUCAUUGCCGACAAGAAGACAUAAAGACCAGCAAUCCUUUCCAUCACGACCAGUUAGAUCGCAUAUUCAGCGUCAUGGGCUUCCCAGCAGAUAAAGACUGGGAAGAUAUCCGGAAAAUGCCAGAAUAUCCAACUCUACAGAAAGAUUUCAGAAGAACCACAUAUGCCAACAGCAGUCUUAUCAAAUACAUGGAGAAACAUAAAGUCAAACCAGACAGCAAAGUGUUUCUACUGCUCCAGAAAUUGCUGACUAUGGACCCCACCAAAAGAAUCACUUCUGAGCAGGCACUGCAGGACCCAUAUUUCCUGGAGGAUCCCUUACCUACAUCUGAUGUAUUUGCAGGAUGUCAGAUCCCCUACCCCAAACGAGAGUUUCUAAGUGAGGAUGAACCAGAGGAGAAAACAGAGAAGAACCAGACGCAGCAGCACCAGCAGACGGCUGCACAGACGCAGACACAGACGCAGACACAGCAGGCUCCAACCCAACAGAGCUCAGCGCAGACGAACGGCACAUCAGGCACUGCAGGGGCCAACACGGGCCCCUCCAUACAGCAUGGACAGGAACAGGGGCCACCAAACAAAAAACCUCGCACCUCAGGAACCGGUGUUCUUCAAACAGACUACCAGCACUCCAGUUCGCGGCUAGGCUACCAGAGCAAUGUCCAAGGCUCUACCCAGUCGCAAAGCACCAUGGGAUACUCGUCCUCAUCUCAGCACUCUCAUCAGUCUCAUCGAUACUGAGACUCAGAUGCAUACAUAAGCACUUAAAAGAAAUAUUAUCCACAAGCAUAAAGCCAGGCAAGUCAGCGUUGUGAUUCGAAUGAAUUGCUGGGUCUGUCCCGUAAUAUGGCCCCAACAUAAACAUAAAACCCAAGUUUAUUCCCUUACAAAGCCUGCCAAAGCACAACUUUGCAAUCCCUUUCUUUCAAUCAGAGCUCCUCAAAAGAGCCAGAGCCAUAAUUGCGUAUUUUCCUUAAUAUCUCAACAGGUUUUCAGUAUACUGUAUUAAAACUUCCACCAGCUGCAACACCAACCAUUCCUAAUAACCUGCAGUUUAGCAUCUUUAUUCAUUCUCAUUGUACCACCGUUAGACCAAAACAGUCUUAAAAUGAUCAGCCAAAUGCUAUCCGGGUCAUAGCUACAGAUAGAAGUGAGAUGAGGUUUGUUACAGUGGGUCAUUAAAGCUGGCGUCCCACUGGCCAACUCCAAAAAACUUGCAUUUCAUCAGGGCAAUCAGUUACCAAAUCUCACCAUUUACAGUGUUGCAGUGACAAGUAAUCUUGUCUAUCAUCACUGCUGCAAGAUGUGACGCAGAUAAUUGAUGUACAGUCACGAGGAAACUGAUUUUUGUGACUGUCAUGCUCAAGGCUGGUUAGGACACAGAUCUCAGAUUAACUUGAAAGAGACAUGAAAUAAAUUGGAUCUGAGGUUGCAUUGUUAUGACAUUGUGUUAGGAUGCAGACCCUAUGAAUGCGUGGGAUGCUGUAUCUCUCCAUCUGGGCCUGAUAUGUUCAUACAACUGGGACACCAGAUCUAUACUUUGCAGCUAUUGCGUUUAUUUAUUUAUUUAUUUUUUGACUUUACCACCCAUUAUUAUUGUGGGUUUAUCAUCUCGAGGCUUUCUGAGAUUCCUCCGUUUGACAACCCUGAGACAAAUCAAAUAGAGAUAUCUACGGUAUAUAAGCAAUUGUACAUAGGAACCAAAAUCCCCUUUUAUCUGUCUCCCAGUAAAGGGAGCUGCCUGCAUGUACGGACAGUCGAGCAGAGACUGGAUCUGUGUAACAUAUGUGUGCAUAUUUUAAAGACUGAACAAACAGCAUCUCUCAUAGCUAUCAUGCACCACUGCAUUAUUACACACAUCUUCUUUUGUUGUGUAAGAACUAGUGUUUUUUUUUUGUUUUGUUUUUUGUAAAGUAUACACUCACACAAUAUUCUUUUCAUCCCUUUUUUGCAUUAGUUACUAUAACAACUAAUAAAAAUAACAUCAGCUAUAAAAGAACAUGGACAUGGUUUACUCUUUCUCUUUUUUGCAGAAGAACAUGUUUUAGGAUUUUGGUCAGGACUGAAAUCCCUAAAUCUCUCUCUCUCUGUGUGUGUGUGUGUGUGUGUGUUGUGUGUGUGUGGUGUGUGUGUGUGUGUGUGUGUGUGUGUGUGUGUGUGUGUGUGUGUGUGUGUGUGUGUGUGUGUGAUUAUCCGGGGCAGCUAGCAGUUGAACUGCUUCUGUGACUGUUAUUUCUUGUCUCCUCUUUGUGUUUUAUACGCUUUUAUAAUCUGUUUAUUGUUGGUCAUUGUUUUGAAGUGCAGUUAUUUCUCUGUAUUAUUUGAGCUCAGUUUGUGGACUGGAGGUGAGAGUUUUUCAAACAAAGGGCAACUGAUUCGCUCUUCUGACAAACAAUUGGAUAUCUCAUCAAGCAAAGCUGGGGACUUCAGCUGUGUGUAUUACAAGUCCUUCCAAGCCGUGUUUGAAACACUGAAACUUCGUGUGUUGCACAGUUGAGCAGACAACUUGGUGGAAUAUACGAGCUCAAACAGGAUUCAAAGGAAAUCUUGAAACAGUCUUUUAACAUCUCUUGUUUUAAGCUCGGUUUGAAAGACCCUGAAGGAUAAUGUUUCAUGAGAGUGGAUGGCAGUCACCCAGCACGAACUGAGACUGACCGCUGAUUUCAACCGAAAUGUUUGCAGAACAAGUGUAGUGCCAUCAUACUUCUUGGGUUUCUCUUCUGUCCCAUCUUAAGAUUCCUUGUUUUUCUGUAAUGUGCUUUGUAUUUCUGGUAAAAGCAAUCAAAAAACAAGUGUUAUUGUACUGUUUUUCCACCCCCUGUUGUGGGUUUCUUCUCAUAUCAAAGUUGUACAGUUGGAUCAACAUGUUUUUAAAGCCUAGAUACUAUAUAAACAAAGAUUUAUGAUUAAAAAAUGAGGUUGUGACAUGUGUGACCCCGGAGCACAGAAGCAGUCUUAAGUCACUGGGGUAUAUUUGUAGCAAUAGCCAAAAAUACAUUGUAUGGAUCAAAAUUAUAGAUUUUUCUUGUAUGCCAAAAAUCAUUAGGAUAUUAAGUAAAGA